AAACUGGCGGCGCUGCGCGACGGCUUGGCAGACAAACGCGGCGCGCCUCACGAGCAGGCAGCCCGCGUGGACUCCACGCAGCCCGCGAGCCGCGCGGCAGCAGCAAGCGCAGCCCGCGGCCGCGCACACAAGCUGCCAUGGAGGUCGCGGACAGCCCCGUGCAAGACGACGACUACAGCGACGUAGACAGUGACGACAAUUACGACGACGACUUCGGCGAGGCCGAGGCGCCGCCGGACCCCAUCGCGACGCCCGUCGCCGACAACGAUGAGUAUGAGGACGACUUCGGGGUUAGUGAUAGGCCCUACGACGCGAAAAAGGAAGACCAAUAUGCGGAUGACUUUGUAGCAGAUGACAAAGACGACCUGUCCAUCGUCGACGACGACGCGGACAGCGAAGAGGACGAGUUCGAGAAGGGCCUGCAGGCCGCCGAGGCCGCGGCGCAGCAAAAAAAAAUGGAGGCUGCGGCCCAGCAGGAGGAGGAGGCCUCUCAAUCGGAUUAUGGGGACGACUUCGCUUCCUUAAAUCCGUCGGAGAAGUCGGAACCCCAGAAACGGCCGCCGUCGGCCGUCGUGAAGCGGAAGCCCAAGCGCCCGACGGUCGACAAGGCGCCGUCGCCGCAGGCCCUCGCGAAGGCCCGGGCGACGCCGGCGUCGACGUUCGUGAAGCGGUCGUCGCAACACUCGUAUACCAAACAGAGGGAAGUCGUGGAGGAAGACCGGCACCGGGACAAAAGGCGCAUCGCGGCGCUCAUGAGAAAAGUAGCCACGCUGGAGCACCAGCUCGAGAAGAUUGCGCCGAAACGUGUGAAAUCUAAGAGGAAAAGGAAGGUGCGCCGGCCGGCCUCGGCGAUCCCGAAGGCCUCGGCCUCACCCACAAUGAAAACGCGGCCCCACAGCGCCGGGGCGUCGUCGCGGCGCAAGGCCUGGGACGACCGCUUCAAUGCGCCUUCCAGAGGCCCGGUCUGGCCCGUCCGGCCGCCGUCCGUCGGAAGUGCGUUGCGACACGUAAGGCAAGCAGUGGAGGACGGCCAUCGGCGCGAGGCGCCGCUCAAACCCGUGUUCAAGGUGGUCGUGCGAGGCGACACUCGUAAGAGAUCAUCGAAGCAUGUGAUAGACGCGGCGACGGGGCGACGGGUCUCGCCCGACGAGUAUUUAGAAUUACAAAAAAGGAGAGGCGUGCAGAACGAGACACACGCGUCGCGCUGGGCGACCACCAAUGCGGGCCUGGGCAUGAUGGGCUCGCCCAAGGGUCUGACACGCACGGCGACGAAAUGGACAAAAAAGGCGCAACGCGAGUCCGGCGCUCGAUUGGCGACGAGCGGCGCGAAAGUUCCAAGACCGAAGUACGCGAACACCUACUCGCCCACCGAACGGAAUAGUGAGAGACGAACGAGGUUCCUCGUGAAGUACGACUCGCGGCACAAGUUCGGUGAUUUUAAGGAACAAGUCAAAAGGAAGACUUAUCGGGACGAGCCGGGCUACCCUACUACAAGCAUCAAGCGACAUGUCAGGGACUACGAACAGAAGGUGUCGCAAACGCUCAAGGACCUCGAGAAGGAAAGAUAUGUUAGACUGAUAGAAAAAGGCCACUUCAGCGAAGCGCGGCCCCACGAGCCGCCCAGGCAGAAGUUUUCCGAGUUGCCCAAACCGCCUGUGCGGUUAUGGGCAGAAUAUGAUCAGCUUCAUGCGUGGGACUGUCUGGUUUCUGUCGAGGCGGCGCCCAACCAAGGCGAGCAGAUGUCUACUAGACAUGAUCCCAAUAAGUACAGAGCAGAAGCGGACAAGGCCGCGAAUGCCGCCGUCGAAGCUCUAGAAGGGUGGGGCGUGCGCUGCGGUUCAAUGGUCAAGAUCGUCGAGGGCGCGAAGACGGAAAAAGAAAGGAAAGCUGGCGUCAAGGUGGGCAUGGGCGCCUUGGAGGUGCAGAUCGCCGUGCGCUUCUUCGACGACGUGCCGGCCAAGGUCGGGGUCAUCUUCUCGAAGCUGCAGUUGCGAACGUUUCCUUCUUCCCAGAAAAUACAACGAGCGGUCGUCGACUUUGUUAAAAGAGCAGGCGUGCCUACUGCCGAAUUGGCAGACGAGGAACGCGAGAAUGGUGCGCCGUGGGCCUCAGAUUCGGCGGACGUGCCGUGGGCGUGGGCAUCGGACCACCGGCCGGCGCCCGAUCAUGAAUUGGUGGUGCCGACCUUCGACGAGUUCGUCGAUAAACAACGGGAGGCGGGCAACGAGACCUUCGCUAAUGCUUUUACCUUCGAAGAGUCUGCGCCGCGCGCGCCGACGCCGGAGCCCGAGCCUGAUCCCGAGCCCGAGCCGGAGCCGGAGCCUGAACCCGAGCCCGAACCGGAAGCAGAGCCCGAGGAGCCUGAAGCCGAGGAGGAGGAGGACGCCGCGUCCUACGGCGACGACUUCGCCGGCGAGGACGACGCCGCUGCGCCAGACGCCGAGGAGGCCGAGGAGGACGAUGAUGAUGCGGCGGAGCGCGAGGCGGCGGCGGAGCGCGAGCGCGCGGAGCAGGAGGAGAAGGAGCGCGCGGCCGCCGCGGCCGCCGAGCGCGCCGAGCAGGAACGGCUGGAAAAAGAAAUCGCGGACGCCCGCGCGGCGAACAUGGCCAAGGCAGCUGAAGAGGAGGAGCCCGCGCCGGCGCGCGAGGAGUUCCAGCCGGCGUCGACGCAACAGAAGCGGCCCAUGUCCGGGCGGCCCCAGUCGGGCCGGCCGGGCAGCGCGCGCGAGCGGCCCGGGAGCGCCCGGACGCGGCCCGAGUCGGCGUCGAACAAGGGCGGGUCGCGGCCGGGGUCCGCGCGGCCGGCGACCGAGACGAUGGACGGCGCCACGAGCGACGCGGCCGUCGAGGGCUUCCGGGCCGCGCUCGGUAGUGUCGAGCAGUUGGAAGAUUUGCUGGCCAAGGUCGCGGAGGAGGAACUCGGGGGGAGGGUGUCCGCGACUGGUCUCAGAAAGCUGGCGAAGAAGAUCGGCCACCCGGACCCGGCUCCCCAAGUCCUCGCGGCGAUUCUGACGGCCGUCGACAUCGACGGGGACGGCGCCGUGCCGCCGCAGGACGCCGUGGUCUUCGCGCGCGGUUUAGUUCCUGGCGGCGAGCGACUUGGAAGUUUGUGGCGCGACGUCCGCGGCGUCGUCCAGGCGACGCGCUACGACGUGACGCAGCUCGACGAGCAAUUGUUUCGGAAAUACGACACGAACGGCGACGGGUCCAUCAGUCUGCGGAAGUUCCGAGCGACGCUCGAAAAGGUGGCGCAGAAAACGGGCAGCACCUUGGACGUGCCCUGGGAGCUGGUCCAGGCCAUCUGGGGCGUGCCCGAGCGCGUGGACUACGUGACCUUCUGUUCCUGGCUCAACCCGACGAAGCUGCACCGCCUGAAACAGAAGGCUUCCAAGCUCGCCGCGCGGGCCGUCAAGGCCUCGGGCGAGGACGACGCCUCCUUCUGGCAGGGGUUGUGUCUGAAGCACGCGCCGCCGGCCGAGGGCGGCGUCGCUUCCUCGCUGACGCAGCCGCAGCUGCGGGCAGCAUUGCAGGGCCUGGGUUACGAGGAUUUGGACGACGCGGCGGCGCGGGCGAUCCGCGUCGCCUACGCGCGGACGGAGCCCGCCUUCGACGCCGACGCGUUUUCGCGGUUGCUGGCGGACGGGCGCGGAGGCAAGUCGAAAAAAUCCUCAAAGGGUCGUGCGAAGGAGAACAAACCGCCGCGGCACUCAUAGGGGUGUAAAAAAAUCUGACAAAACCCGAGCCCUGGUGAUCGGAGCGCGGCGCGCGGCACCGGCGCACGCAGCCCAUAGUUGACGCCGCAGCAGAAUUUGCAGCGCUCAGCCAUGCUGCGCUUCGUGCGCUUCCAUCGAUGCGAAAGAAUGCGGCCCUGCCAUCGGUAGUAAAGCUGUAGCACUCUUGGGGCAGCCCCAUACGCCGUCGACGCGACGCGACGCC